AUGGUCCUCCUCUUUGAUAUCAAUUUAACUCCUCCACAAGAGCAGGAUGAUGCAGGGAGGGAUCUGGAUCUCGACUUCAGUCCGCAUACUCCAGAACAUGCUGCUCAGCUAGGACAUGUUCCAGAAGAAGAACACCAAGAACAAGAACAUGAUGCGGAGCCAGAACAGAUUCUAGAGGAAGAACAAGAACAUGGUGUGCAGAGGCACCAUAAAGAUAUACCGGAGAGUUAUAAAUUUGCUGCAUAUAUUGCACUCAAAGCUCUAGGCAAUGAUAGACCCGUGGUGAAGGCCGAUAAAGAAAUUGUCGCUCAACUUUUGGGAAUAAGUCUUAGAUCUGUUGAGAAGACAUGGAAGAAGGCCAUAGAUCAAGAGGACAGAAAUGAAGUGCUUGAUUUCUCAAACAAGCGCAAGGGAAGGUGUGGAAGAAAGAGGAGAGAGCUUAAUCUCGACGAAAGGGUGCCUAAAGUUCCACUAAACAAAAGGGGUACAUUGAGAGCGCUAGCAAGGUCCCUUGAUGUCCCUUUCUCGACACUUCAAAGACGGUUGGCAUGGGGCGAUUUAAGGCGCCAUACUAAUAGUCUGAAGCCAUAUCUAUCUUUGGAAAAUAGACUCAGAAGACUUCUAUAUUGCAUCUCAAUGAUAGAUGAACCAUCAAUAACAGAUGCAAAGCUUAUCUUCAAAAUGAUGGGGAACAUAAUGCAUAUGGACGAAAAAUGGUUUGAUAUGACAAAGCGUAAUCGAACAUAUUACCUAACUCCAGAAGAACCGGAUCCAGUUCGCACUAUCCAUAACCAUAACAACAUUGGUAAGGUGAUGUUCCUAACUCUGGUUGCAAGACCAAGAUUUGAUGCACAAGGUAAUAUGACAUUUGACGGAAAGGUCGGAAUUUGGGCUUUUGUCGUAGAGGAUGUGGCCAAGUACAACUCAAAGUAUCAGACAAAAGACGAUUUGAUGCUAAAGAAUCUCAAUGUUACUAGAGACGUGAUGCGGGAAUACCUCUGUGAGAAGGUAAUUCCAGCAAUUGUUGAAGUAUGGCCCGAUGAUGGAGACGUGGGAACCAUAUGGAUACAACAGGACAAUGCAAGAACACAUGUUCCGCCUGAUGAUCCUAUUUUUCAAGCCGCCGUAAAAGCUUCAGGAUUGGAUAUUAGGUUGACUUUUCAACCUCCUAACUCCCCAGAUGUGAAUGUUCUGGAUCUCUGCUUCUUCAGUUCAAUCCAAUCCUUGGCAUUUGAGAGUGCACCCAACAGUCUCACUAAUUUGUGUAUUGCCUGA